AUGGAAGGUUCAAGCAAGAGAGGUGGGGGUUCGAAAAAAAGAGGUUCGGGUACGAAGAAAAAUCCCGUAAGACCCAAAGUUCGAGCGAAUCUUGGCGAGCCGACGCGCAUCUCCGAGAAGGCGUACCUGCACAUCUCUGAGAACAAGAAACAUGCCAACGAGCAAAGAAAGGAUACGUUUUGGAGACGGAUCAUUAAUCAUUUUAGCCGACUUCCCAGUGCAAAGGAACGAAACAUGGACCAAAUGACGUCGAAAUGGACGGAUUUGAACGGGAAAAUUAGUAAGUUCAACGCUUGUUUCAUUCCAAAGAACCGAAAUCCACAAAGUGGAGCGAGCGAGACGACAAUCAUGCGACAAGCCACCGAAGAGUAUUGCGAACUCUACAAAAAGAGGAGUUUUCCACAUGUGGCGGCAUGGGAAGUUGUGAGAAAUCACCCGAAGUGGGUCCCGGUUGAGUUGGUUGACAUGCAUGGUCCUACGGCUCCAAAAAAAGAGGAGGUUUGA